AUGGCCGCGGACCCCAACAACAUGUACACGGCUUCUUUCGCCUUCUUCGAGGCUAUCUGGGAGGCCGGCAUCACCCACUGCUUCGUCAACCUCGGCUCCGACCACCCCAGCAUCAUCGAGGCCAUGGUCAAGGGCCAGCGAGAGGCCAAGGGCAAGUUUCCGCGCAUUAUCACCUGUCCCAACGAGAUGGUGGCCAUGUCCAUGGCCGACGGCUAUGCGAGAUUGACGGGUAAGCCUCAAUGUGUCAUCGUCCACGUCGACGUCGGCACCCAGGGCCUAGGCGCCGCCGUUCACAACUCCUCUACCGGCCGUGCCCCCGUCCUCGUCUUUGCUGGCCUCUCUCCCUUCACCCUGGAUGGCGAGCUCCGUGGCAGCCGCACCGAGUAUAUCCACUGGAUUCAGGACGUUCCCGACCAGAAGCAGAUUGUGUCGCAGUACUGCCGCUACUCCGGCGAGAUCAAGACGGGGACCAACGUCAAGCAAAUGGUCAACCGCGCUCUGCAAUUCGCCAAGUCGGACCCCCAGGGCCCCGUCUACCUCUGCGGAGCGCGCGAGGUCAUGGAGGCCGACAUCGAGCCCUACUCUCUCAAGCAGGAGGACUGGGACCCCGUCCAGCUCGGCGGCCUUCCCCAGCCUGCAGUCAAUAAGAUUGCCGACGCCCUGGCCGGCGCCAAGCGCCCGCUCCUCGUGACCGCAUACGGUGGCCGAAACCACAAGUUCCCCGGCGCCGUCGUCGACCUCGCCAACCUGGUCCCCGGACUCCAGGUCGUCGACUGCGGCGGCAGCGACAUGUGCUUCCCCGCCGACCACCCCGGCUGGCGCGGCCUCCGCUUCGGCGUCGACGAGACUAUCGAGAAGGCCGACGUCAUCGUCGUCGUCGACUGCGACGUGCCCUGGAUCCCCACGCGUUGCAAGCCCAACGAGGACGCCAAGAUCUUCCACAUCGACAUCGAUCCCCUCAAGCAGCAGAUGCCCCUCUUCUACAUCGAGGCUGGCGCUAGGUAUCGCGCUGAUGCCCUGCUCUCCCUCGAGCAGAUCAAGUCGGCUCUCCAGACCGGCGACGCGGCCACCAAGCUCAAGGCGAACGAGGCGGCUGCUGAGGGCGCCGCCCGGAGAGAAAAGGAGUACAAGGCGCAACUGGCCGACAUUGCGGAGCGGGCCAAGCCGCUCGAGGACGGAUCCUUUGGCACCGGCUACCUGUCGCGGAAGCUCAAGGACCUGUGCCCGGAUGACACGCUCUGGGCCAUAGAGGCCGUGACCAACACGGUGUUUGCGCACGACAACCUUCAGCCCACCAAGCCCGGCUCGUGGAUCAACUGCGGCGGCGGCGGCCUUGGCUGGUCCGGCGGCGGUGCCCUGGGCAUCAAGCUGGCGACGGACAUGGAGAACCAAGGCAAGGGCAAGUUUGUGGUGCAAAUCGUCGGCGAUGGCACGUACUUGUUCACCGUGCCCGGCAGCGUCUAUUGGAUUUCGAAACGCUACAACAUCCCUGUCCUGACCAUUGUCCUCAACAACAAGGGCUGGCACGCUCCCCGUCGUUCCCUGCUGCUCGUCCACCCCGACGGACUCGGCUCCAAGGCCACCAACGAGGAGGCCAACAUCUCUUUCGACCCUACCCCCGACUACUCGGGUAUCGCCAAGGCCGCCGCCGACGGUGACAUCUUCGCCGCCCGGGUCGGCCAUGUGUCGGAGCUCGAUGGUGUGCUCAAGGAGGCGAUCGCCAAGGUGCAAGCCGGGCAGACGGCGGUGGUAGACUGCAAGGUGGUUCCUGGGUGCUAG